AUGUCUGUCAAAGUCAACCUCAGCGUUUCAGACCAGUUCUAUCGCUACAAGAUGCCCCGUCUGAUUGCCAAGGUUGAGGGCAAAGGAAAUGGAAUCAAGACAGUCAUAGUCAACAUGGUUGACGUUGCAAAGGCGCUUAAUCGGCCUCAAACGUAUCCCACCAAAUACUUUGGUUGUAAGCUGGGAGCACAGACCCAGUUUGAUGUAAAGAAUGACCGGUACAUUGUCAAUGGAUCUCAUGAGGAGAAUAAGCUGCAAGACAUGUUGGAUGGAUUCAUUAAAAAAUUUGUUCUCUGUCCUGAGUGUGAGAAUCCUGAAACAGAUCUGCAUGUGAAUCCAAAGAAACAAAUAAUAAGUAAUUCUUGUAAAGCCUGCGGCUAUCAAGCCAGGCUCGACACACAUCAUAAACUCUGCACAUUCAUUCUCAAAAACCCACCUGAGAAUAGUGACAGUAGUACAGGAAAGAAAGAAAAGGAAAAGAAAAACAGAAAAGGCAAAGAUAAGGAAAAUGGCUCAGUGUUCAGCAGUGAGACCCCACCCCCGCCACCCCCAAGUGAAAUGAGCCUGCCCCUUCGGGCUGUGGAGGGGGAGGAGGACGAUGACUGGGGUGAGGAUACAACUGAGGAGUUGCAGCGGCGCAGGAUGGACAAAAUCAGUGACCAUGUCAAAGUUUUGACGCUCAGUGACGAUCUGGAAAGAACUGUAGAAGAGCAUGUGAAUAUCCUGUUUGAUUUUGUUAAGAAAAAGAAAGAAGAGGACAUUAUUGAUUCAUCCGACAAAGAAAUUGUUGCUGAAACAGAAAGACUAGAUGUAAAAGCCAUGGGCCCUCUUGUUCUGACUUAAGUUCUUUUUAACGAGAAGAUUAGAGAACAAAUUAAGAAAUAUAGGCGUCAUUUCCUCAGAUUCUGUCACAACAACAAAAAAGCUCAGCGGUACCUUCUUCAUGGUUUGGAGUGUGUGGUGGCGAUGCAUCAGGAUCAGAUCCUUUCCAAGCUCCCACAUAUCUUGAAGGAGAUGUAUGAUGCAGACCUGUUGGAAGAGGAGGUCAUCAGCAGCAGGUCAGAAAAGGCCAAUAAGAAGUACGUUUCGAAAGAAUUUACCAAAGAGAUUCGUGUCAAAGCGGAGCCAUUUAUAAAAUGGCUGAAGGAGGCAGAGGAAGAAUCUUCCAGUGGUGAAGAGGAGGAGGAGGAUGCAAACAAUGAGGUGGUUUAUUCGAAAACUGCCAGCAUGCCGAAGGUUGAAACUGUGAAGUAGGAAAACAAGGAUGACGACAUUGAUAUCGAUGCUAUUUAAGGCUGGAUGCGGCCUAGCUAAAGUGUAACGCUGCAACUUGUUCUCCACUAUCAGCCAGAAGUGCAACGUGUGUGCAGAAGCUAGAGUGGCUUAACAUCGUGCUACACUUUCUACUAAAAAUCUAUUACUGUGAGUGGUCUGUACCGAAGCCCAGUGAGACCUAGGGAGGUCCAUACACAUCAGUGAGCAGAUGUAGUUUACUUAUUUAUAGCAUGUUUCCUUUGAAAAAAAACUAGUGGUGGACAUAUUUGGAUCACAUUUAUACAGUUAUAAAAAUAAAGAUUUGAUUUUGUUCACUU